ACUCAGCAGUCCCACUAGCUCCGUCGUAAUCAGUGUGGAGAGAGUCCCAGGCCACCGCCUUAAUGGAUGAAUGAUGAUUUACUGGAGAAAGAUGUGUUCUGUAAAGACUCUCAAGCAGUUCCUUUUCAUUGCUCUGCUCCCCUUCGCCAUGCAGUUGCAAGUCAGGGUUGUUAGCUUUGAGCUGAAGCCCGGAACCUGGAGGUCUGGUAGGCAGAUGGAUGAAGGAGAAUUGGACUGACAUGGCAGAGGGGAAGGAUCAGAUGAAAAGCGAAUGAAAGCGAUGGUUGUGAUUUUUCUGUGAUGUAUCGUAAAGCUACGUUCAAUUACUCCAUUGGGGACGCUAUGACUUUGAACUGUACAGUGCAGUUCUGUGAAAAAAAGCCACUAUUCGCAGAUUGGUGCAAGCGGCGUGGAAACAGUUGCGAACCAUUGUCAAACGAAAACGAGACAUACAAUAACAAGAUGUUUAUAGUUUACACAGUCCCUUCCAUUAACCUGACUGACAGCGGCAAAUAUCAAUGUCAAGCCAAACGAAAUAAUGAGAUGGUAAAAGGACACAUCAUCACAGUGAAUGUACAUGGUGUGAAAGUGACUACUCAUGAGCCCAGCACCACUGGUGAAUUCAUACCAACAAACUCUACAAUGAUGACUCAAGGUCCUGUCAACUCCAUUUCAGGGGUCUCUUACAUCAUUAUUGCUGUGGGGACUGUGAGCGCUGUCGUAAUCAUUGUAUUGAUCACCUACUUCUGCAUCCGGAACUUCCACGAGCCCCUGGAGACAGCCGAGCCUAGUGCCAACAGCCAACGGACCCAGUACCAUAAUAUGACUGAAAUUAAUGAGAAACCUACAAUUUAUGAAAAUAUGAAUGAAUUUUCUGAAGGUGUCAGCUCUUCAAGUCACAAUCCUUUGACUGUUAAUGAGUCCUUUCCACGUCAAAGUCAGAAGAGAGAAAAGCCCUCUUGCACAGAUCAGCAAGAUACCAUCAUCUAUGCCUCACUGAGUGAAUCUGUGCUAAGCAGAAAAUCAUCUCUGAAGUUCACUAACAAUGAAGACACAGAAUAUGCUGCCAUUAAUAUUAAACAUUAGGUGGAAUGGGUUUGAGAGACACCCCAGGAGAAAGGACAACUUCCAGAUAAUGGUUCCACUGCUUGCUGGGCAGUUUGGUACUAAAACGUGCAAUAGACAAGGGCUGCUCCUGCUGAUACUAACACGGAGCACAUUGAGACGUUUCACGACAGUAGCUGAGAUCUACUCACAUGCCAGAGACUAACUUACAGGAGGCAGGAUACUGCUCUCAUGGAAACAGUCCCUCUUGGCCAAAGCUGAUCACAUCUUCUAUGUAUUUUUUUGUUUUAACUAAGUCGGGCAAUGGGUUUACCAGGACUUCUGAACGUACAAUUUUGAUGAUUUGCAUCUUGUGAGAAAUUGCUACAAGUGGAAAACUUUAAGCUCCCCUUUUUUUUUCAAAGUGGACUUGCAGAAUGUUUAUUUAAAUAAUGCAUUUAAAAUCAAAUAUUUUAAUUAAUUAUAUAAAAUGGAUAAAUUUUUAGCCAACUUAUUCUGCGUUAAAUAAUAAAUUCUUGAUUCUCAAAGUAGCUUGCAUAGAGAGAGAGAGGAGGUGGACUGUCCCAUUGUUUCCAUUCCAUUCCUGACACAGAUCUCUCACUUACUCCACAUCACCAUUAACUUGAUC